AUGUCGGGUAAACCUUCGCUGCCGUCAACCGAGUUGAUUGAGGUCGCCAUCUCUGGUGAUAACAUGCUCUUCGUGAAGAGGUCAGAGGCAUUCCAGGUCGGUAACCAGAUCACCAUCACAGGGACUGGGUUCAGUGGUCACAAAGAGAGAGCGGUGGUCAAAGCGAUCGACGGCAACGAGAUUAUGUUGGACUCGCAACUCGGAUUUUCCUAUCGCCCGGGUGCCGAGGUGGCGGUUGAGGCGAUCAAGGUCACUGAGGCGUUGACCGACGCACCAACGCCGUCGCCCACCGCGGUCCCGACUGAGUCGCCCACCGCAGCACCGACCGAGGCUCCUCUCACAGACCCGCCGACUGGAACAUCUCUCACCGACACGACCACGUCGAAAACAACAACGACGUAUACAACUACAACGCUGACAGCAACAAGCAUCACAACUGUCUUCUGA